GGUGACUCUGUCAGAAAGAAACAAAAGAGAAAUCAGCAUGCAGCCAAAGACUGGCCUCAAUUUUCUACCAGGGACUCUCUAGAAAAGCCCCAAGGAAGCUUUUCCUUAGCAACAGCCCUUGGAUCUCCAGACUGCCCUAAACCCUGAACUCUGGUGGUCAGCUUCAGCUUCUGUCUCCCAGUUUGCCUUCACACCAGUGCAAUGCAGGUGGCAGCUGUUGCAGCAGAUGUGAUCCUGCUUCUCAGCAUGGGCUGGACAUCUGACUCUCUCUGCUCACCCACCAUAUUUUACAGAGACUGCUGGAUCCGACGUUUCCCAGGUCUCCUUGUUGAACUGGAGGAGUCUCAGAAGUUGGGAGCCCAGUUCUUGAAAUACUAUUCUGAGAGCACUGGCCAGAAGUGUAGUAGGAGCUGCUGCCUCAGGAAGGACGUGUCUUGUAACUUGGCUGUCUUUUUUCAUGACCCUAUUCACAACAAUGUCAACUGCCUCCACAUCCACUGCCCAACACUAGAGAGCUGCAUACUGGAGCCUGGAACCAGUGCCAUUUUAUACAACAUAACAGACGGUAUAGAUCCAGAUUUGCUGGUUUUGGGGCAAUCACCUCCUACAUAGCUAAAUACCCAUUCUGAUAAGUGGGACAAACUAAAGAUUCUAAAAGCUAUGAAUGUAUAUGAUAUACAACAAGCUACCAAAAUAAACCACGUGCUGCCCUCAACAGAGGCUCUGUUAUCAACUACACCUGAAGAUUCAGUUGUAAACACAAACAAUACCAGUUAUCUCAAGGAAUUAAACACAGAUUUGGGGGCAAGAUUCAUUUCCCUGAAUGACUCCAUUAUCACCAAGGCAAAUAUGGUGUCACCAAGUGCUAACUUCAUCAACAGUCCAUAUAACAAGACUAUUUCUCCUUUCUUUGUGCCCAUAGACACAAAAGUUCCUCACAUGUGGGUUCCACUCCAAUUUAACAGUAGCAAACAAUUACUGAACAAAACCAAGGGGAACAACAGCAGAAACCACACAUCUGAAAAUGAUGAUGAGGCAGCUGUGACUUCCAAGACCUUGCUGGCAUCUGUGGCCUUGUGUACCUCUGUCAUAUUUCUUUGCUGUUGUGUUCUUUGCUGUCCAAAGCAACAGGGCCAGUAUAAAUUAGGAUAGAGAAAACCAGGACCCAGGCAGAAUAAAAUAUGUAAUAUGCUGAAGGAGAGCUCUUUAAAGUUGUAGUAAGAUUACAAGUUUUCGAGGGUUUCAUUUCCAGUUUUCUGUAAGACAAGGGCAGUUUCAGUUACACAGGAUACCCGCUCCUACCACUCUUACAGAGGCCAAUGCUUGAUUAACAUAACUGCUUUCUUAGUUAUUUCUAUUGUUUGGGGGGGGGGUUGGUACCGGGGAUUGAACUCAGGACCUUGUGCUUACAAGGCAGGGGCCAGAACCACUGAGCUAAAUCCUCAGCCCUCUAUUGUUUUUGAUUAGUGUUUCCUUUGCCCAGCUUCCAAAAGUCAGAGCCUGUAGCAGUUAUUUAGCACCAUGUAAAUCACAAUUCAGCUGUAUUAACUGAGUCCUUGUAGCUCUGUGGGUUAGGUGUACUACUACUAUUGCAUAAUAUCAAACUAUUAUAUUCUUACUCCUGCCUUUUACAGAUAAUAAAACUGGGGUGAAGAGAGUGUAAGCAUGUUGGGUGAAAUCACACAGGCAGUAGUAAAGCCAGGACCUUGAUGUAGACAAUCUUUCAAAAGCCCAUGUUCAAAAUCACUGAUAGAUUAAGAGCCUCUGUUUUUCCAAUAAACAUGAAAAAAGAUGCCAGGAAGACAAUAUCAUACCAUCAUCAGGUAUGUUUCUCAGUCAAGGUCAAACUACUGUCACAUAGGGUAAUAAAAUCAUUUAGUGGUUGGAGCAAAAAAGUACUAUUACAAUUACUAAAUCCAUAAGCAAAUGCUUUCUGCUUUUCAUGUUCAAUUGAUUAAACUUUCCCAAUCCCAUUCCUCUUAUUUUCUGUGGCAGAGAGGCAUUUCAAUCAAUUAUGUAUGUAAUUUUUGAGACUUCUGUUGAAUAAAACUUGAGAGAUUUUGUUUGCUUCCUUCACUUGUACACUGUGUUUUCUCAGAUGUAAAUACUAUCUCUAGGCAUUUCAGUUCUGUCCCAGUCUUAUGCCAGACUUAUCCUCUAAAUCUUAUGCUUCAGCCUCUUAAAUAUAGAAUAUCACAUUUCAAGGCUGUAAUGAUCUCAGAUUUUA